GUUUUCGUGUGUUUUGUGUUGAAGUUAUUACUGUUUUUAACUUUUUAGUGAUGGUGACGCGAGGCUACGUAAAACAAGUGUCGCUUGGAACUAUUUUACCCUUGUGGACGAUGAGAAGCGAAUCGCAGCUUGCAAUACUUGCGACUCUCAUAUGUCGUUUCGAUCUUCGAUUUCCAAUUUGAUGAAACAUUUGAAAAGAAAACAUGGGGAUAUCGAAACUGUGGAAACGAAGAUGUUUGAGGAUGACAAGGAUUCGGACUCGGAAGGAGAUGAGGGAAAUAAAGUCAACCCCGAAGAUGACAAGCUCCAAUGCGGCCCCGUUCAAGAGCACUUCGAGAUCACAAAUGCCGACAAGAAAAUAGCCACAUGCUCCGUGUGCCAAGUCCCACUGUCAUAUAAGAGCUCCAUGACAGUUCUGCUGAAGCAUCUACGGAGGAAGCAUAAUAUUGAUGUCGGGGAUGUAGAGCUUUCCGAGGAUGAGGAGAAGAAGCCAGACUCUCCCCCACCCAACCUCCGCUCUGCCAUCUGGCCUUACUUCCGUAUAACGGAUCCUGCCUGCAAAGCAGCUCGCUGCCUGGUGUGCCGCAAGCUUCUCUCAUACAGCACGGGCACUUCCAACUUGAGGAAACAUCUGAUGAGGAAGCACCCAUUGAUAAAUCUACCCGGACCUGGAGAAGAGAGAAAAACCAUAAUUCUGUCAUCCGGCGACCAACUGUACGAGUACGAGGUGGAAGCGGGCGAGGGUGACAACAAAGGGGAUGAAAAUGAUGACAACGAUCAGAGCGAACCAGUAGCAAUCGACGAAGUAUUUCUCGACGAGUUCAACGGAAGCAUUAACCGAAUAGAAUCCGACAAAAAGUACAAAUCAAAGAAGAGAAAACAUAAAGAUAAAAAAUCAAUUAUUCUAGAUCACUCCGACAGCGACGACGAAGUAAUAUUAAAAAAGCCUAAAAAAGAAGAUAGUAUAGAUAUAUUCGGGAAAUAUAUAGCGUCGUUACUGAAGGAAUUACCGAAGCAGACAUCGAAUCGUUUGCAGAAAGAGUUUGUGAAGCAAAUAAUGAAUGCUCAGCUUGAGUCUCAGAACGGAUACUCAGAGCCACAGAGUCAAUACUCGAUCACGAUAGCGGACGCGGGAGCGUCUGUGCCUGAAGAUGUGAGGUUUGAGGUUAUCACGACCAAACCUGAGGCUGAUAAAAUAAAUGAUUAAAUU